UAUAAGACAGCAUGGAGAAGAAGAAGGAGCUUUUAGCUUGAACUCUGGUUUUAGCUUCUGCUUCAGCUGUUCAGCUCCCUGGAUUUUUGGGCUUUAAACUAGCAAGACUUCAGCCUUGGUUUUUUUCUUUUGGCCUUUCCUUUCUGGGAUGUCAGUUGAGCUAGUGAGCCUUUUGGUUUUUGUUUUGUUUUUGUUUUUGUUUUUUUCAUCUGGAGCUGAGCUGAGAAGGAAGGUCAGUCAGCUGGGUACUUUCUCUGCCCCUCUGAGCCAGAAGGCUUUAACCCCAGCAUCUGGCUCCUGAGUCUUUACUGGAAAAGUAGAGCGGUUGGCAUUUUCAUUUUUUUUAAACAACAUUUUGGCACUCCAACAAGUAGCACGACCCCACAGACAGAAAGAUCUCCAGCUGCGGACAAACUUGAGAAGCCAUCAGAGUUGUCAGCACUUGAAUCUCAGAAUGAGCAAGGAAAGACCCAAAAGGAAAAUCAUUAAGAAGAAAUUUGAUGACAGCGAUUGGAUCCCAAGGUUAGAAGAUAGCAUGGUGCAGAAAGUUCUUUAUUUGUCUCUGAAGGAAUUCAAGAAUGCACAGAAAAGGCAGCAUGGGGAAGGUGUUGCAGGGAGCCUGAAAACAGUGAAUGGGCUCUUUGGUAAUGACUCAUCUAAGGCAUUAGGACCAACCUCAGGGCAGUCAGAGAAUGAGAAGGAUCAUGCACCCCAAGUGUCCUCUGCUAGCAGUGAUGCUAGUUCUUCAGAUUUUGAAGAAGGGCCAUCGAGCAAAAGGUCUAGGCCGCGAGCAGUAAGAAAGUUUGCUCAAUUUCAGCCGAGUGGUCCCAGCACAACCCCAGUGAGGACAGUGGAGCCUUUGCCAUCCUGGCCAGCUGCUCAAUUUUCUGAUCUCUCUAAAAGGAUACCUAAGACAGAAGACUUUCUUACCUUCCUCUGCCUUCGAGGCUCCCCUCUGCUGCCCACCAGUAUGAUAUGUUUUGGAAACUCUCAGGAGGAUGUCGAAGAGGAAGAUAAGAUAGAUGUCAAAACAGCCAGCAACAAAACCUCCGGGAAAGGUAAAGCCCAUAAGCGCAUACACAAUGGGCGUGCUCUCAAAGGCUCCAAUAGAUCAACACGGGAGAAAAAACCUGCUCGAAAACAGAAAAGCAAACAGGCCAUUCCCAGGAGGAAGUGAGCACAGGGCAGACAGCCCAAGCGAGCAGGCUUCAGCCGCUCAGCGCACAGCUGCCUCCUUUGCAGGCUCCUCCACCAAAGGCCUUGCUGCCAACUACCAACCUCCUCUUCUGCAUUGGAUGGCUCAGGACCUAUGGAAACAGGUGUCUAAGGUAAAUGGAGUCAAUUGAAUGUCAUCUCUAGGUGCAGGGACAACCAGGGCCAAAAAGAUCGGAGAAUGUGAGGCACACUGCCACAGUGACCAGGGGAAAUGUCGGGUACACCGAGGCCCAGAGAGAACUGUGGGUCUCCGCUGGAUAAGCUUGAAGUCGGCCGUCUCAGGAUAGCCAGUUAUUUUACGCUUGGUCUAUAAUGCUAGGCUCCUUUUUCUCAGCAGGGUUCUGACUUCUCCCCUGAUCUGGAUAAUUCCAGGUCUUGUGAGGAGGUUGCAUGGCCUUCAGGGCAGAUUGUAAGCCAGAUUCUUCCCCUGAAUUCCUAGAAACACCCCAUCCUGCUAAGGAUCUCAGUCCAUCAGUGACCAUCAAUUGUACUUGGAUAUUCUGACACUCCCCCCCCCCCCAAGAUCAUUAAGUAUUAAAUUUUCCUUAUGAUGGGACCAUUAAGUAUUCCUGACCCUAGCGAAUCAAACACAUUCACCCUCAAAAUCCCUCCCUCUAC